AUGUUCCUUGGUGACAAGCUGCCUCCAAAUGCGGUUCUCAUUGAAUAUGUCCCACACGUGCAGCCAAUAGACCUUUCCAACUUCUCACCGCAAUAUCUGCAUGAACUUCGUCUUAUACUCGACGAUAUCCAUCUUACGGGGGUUCUUCAUGGCGAUCCUAAGCCAAGGAAUAUGAUGAUCUCCAGGGAUCAGAGCAGGGUCCUUUGGAUUGAUUUCGAUUCUGCCCAAACGUUCUCUGAGAGUCUUACGCCAAGGCAGAAAACCUGGAUUGAAGAAGAAAAUGAAAUGAUGGACUAUUUCGUCAAAGCUUUAGCCCAAGAUUACGAGGAAGGUGAACUGCGCCAGGCAUACUCUUAUUAUUACGAGUGGUAUGUUUAG